CACGCACGCUCCGCCCACGUCCGCCGCGAUGGUCGCCCCGUGCGCCGCCGCUUCCCGCGCGGCGAUGUCGUUCACAUCCCGCGCGAAGGGCUCCUCCGCGCGGAGGGCCCUCUCCGCGCGCGCCUCCCCAAACGCGCGCGUCGCGUCGCCGCGCGGCGCCGUCGCCGUCCGCGCGGCGGUGAACGCCGAGACGGACACGAUCCUCGUCCUCGGUUGCAAAGAGCGCGUCGCGCAGUGCGUCGCGGACCAGCUCUCGAAGAACGAGCGAAGCGCGGGCACCAAGGUGCGCGUCUGCCUCCCUCGCUCGUGCUACGAGGGCGUGAAGAACCCGCUCGACGCGAUGGCGAAAGAGCUCGUGUACCCGGAUCGACCGAUGAUCGAGUGUCUCUCCGCGCUGGAAGACGUAGAGUGCGUCGACAUGGGCGCGGGCGGUUCAUCCGGCGGCGCGUACGACGCCGCGAGGCGAGACGCGACGCACGUCGUCAUCGCGAACGAGUACGCGCCCGACCUCCUCGAGUCCGUGGAGACGUUCAUCGCGGACGUGCGCGCGGGGAAGUGCCCGAGGCUGAAAAGGCUCGUGGUGAUGACGCACAUCGGCGUCGAGAGGAGAGACGUCGACCCGUUCAAGUUUAUGAACCGCGCGACGCGCGUCGGGACGGGGAUCAUCGGGCAGAAGUCGAAGCCCGGGGGCGCGCCGCUCGACCGGUGGCACGACGCGGAGGAGCUCGUUCGAGCCGCGGUCCCGAGAGAGAAGGACGCGGCGGCGGCGGCGGGCGCGUGGACGUACACGAUCAUUCGCGUCGGCGAUCUGCGAGGCAACGGGCCGACGUCGGUGACCUACGGCGACGCGAUGUUGACGCUCGUCGACAACGCGUUCGACGUCCGAAUGCAAGACAUCGAGAUCGAAGAGGGCGACCAGUUCGAGGGGUUCACGAAGCGGCAGUCCGUCGCCGCGGUGAUGAACCGCAUGCUGACGACGACGCAGUUUAAGGUGCAGAACAACGAGUACAGCGUCAUCUCCACGGGGCCCGUGGACCGCGAGCGGAGGAAAGGGUGGGACGUCGCGCGAGGGCGAAGCCCGCCGCCGAUCGAGGAUAAGGUCGUGGACGAGGAGUUGCAGGGGAAGGAGGAGGAGGAGGCCGUCCCCGAGGGCGCGGCCGUGCCGACGUGAUCGGUUUCAUUAAUCACGUCGAGUGAGCUCGAUUAAGGUUACAGUAUGUAUUACGGCGCGGCGCGCCAAAGUCG